AUGGAGCGUCAUAACCAAAUUGUUCAAGAUAUUGCAGAUAAAAUAGGCGACUUGUACAAGCUCCGCCAGCCAUACCGCGUCUUUCAUGGUUCUUCCAGCAGUACCCGUCCUCGCCAUGCAACUGACGCGAAUAUCAUCGACAUCAGCAUGCUAUCCCAACUUAUUUCAGUGGACACUGCGCAAAGAACCUGUCUUGUGGAGCCGAAUGUACCGAUGGAUAGACUCGUCGAAGCCACUAUGCCAUACGGCCUGGUACCUCCGGUAGUGAUGGAAUUCCCAGGGAUCACAGUAGGAGGAGGCUUUGCAGGGACAUCUGGGGAAAGCAGCUCAUUUCGACAUGGCUUCUUCAACGAAACGGUCGACUUUGUGGAGAUAAUACUUGGAAACGGAGAUGUAGUCCGAGCAUCGCGAGAAGAACAUGAAGAUUUGUUUCAUGGUGCUGCAGGCGCGGCUGGGACUCUAGGAUUGACGACGUUGAUACAGGUCAGACUCAUCGAAGCGAAGAAAUUUGUCAAGACAACGUAUCGCAGAGUUGACAGUGUGUCGGCUGCUAUCUCGAUAACGAAGCAGUGCUGCGAGAAAGUACAUGUUGAUUACGUUGAUGGUAUUCUCUAUUCGAAGGACCAUGGCGUUGUCAUUACGGGCGAGUUGAUCAACACUAAGCCAGUGGAUUGUCCAAUACGGACUUUCAGCAACGCAGAAGACCCUUGGUUCUAUAUCCACGUCAAAGAACAGACUGAGUCUCUCCAUCCCUUCUCAACAGUCACGGAAUACAUACCACUCGGUGAAUACCUCUUCCGGUACGACAGAGCUGCCUUUUGGGUCGGUCGCCAAGGAUACACAUAUUUCAAGAUCAUCCCGUUCAACAAGUUCUUCCGCUGGCUUCUGGAUGACUACUCCCAUACCAGGACACUAUAUCAUGCACUUCACGCAAGUCGAAUCUCAGACCAGUUCGUGGUUCAAGAUCUAGCAUUGCCAUACGACACCGCUGAAGCGUUUAUUGACUGGGUGGAUUCAGAAUUGGGAAUAUGGCCCCUUUGGCUUUGUCCUCUGAGAGGCUGCCGAACACCUACUUUUCAUCCCGUCACGAAAAGCUCUUCAGAUACUGGCGUAGAGGAUAACAUGUCGCAGCCAAUGCUCAAUAUUGGUGUCUGGGGCUGGGGUCCUUCAGACAGAGAAGAGUUCGAGGCGAAGAAUCAGGCUCUGGAGAAGAAAUUGAUGGAACUUGGUGGUCGUAAGUGGCUUUACGCACAUACCUACUACACCGAGGAGCAAUUCUGGGAAUUGUACGAUCGGCCGUGGUAUGAGAGACUCAGAGAACGCUAUUUCGCCACGACUUUGCCAACCGUCUACGACAAGGUGAAAAAGAGCGGCCUUGAUGCGGAUGGGAGGGACAAUAAGGGUUGGGGACUCGGGAAGUUAUUGAAUAAGUGGCCGAUCGGUGGAAUUUACGGCAUGAUACUGGCGUUUUACUCUGGGGACAUCAAUCUCCAUCGUCGAGCGAGAUGGAGGUAUAUGAGCCGGUAG